AUCCAAGUCUCCAACCACUAUAACUUACCAUAUUGAAAAUCAGUAAUUAAAUCUAUAUUCUUCCCUCAGCAAUACACAAAUUUCUUUGUAAACAUCAUAUAUUUCAUGUCCCUGACUAAGUCACUUGUUAAUUCCCUAUAUAAACACCUUAAUCUAAGUCAUUAGACAUAUACAAAACACUCUCCUAACUUCCUAAGUACAUAGUAAUGGCAGCUAUUCUUUGCAUGGUAGUUUUCUUGCUUGCUCCUUUUGUCUCCCACGCCGCUGAUCCCGAUCCGUUGCUGGACUUCUGCGUAGCAGACCUCGACUCCUCUCCCACGUUCGCUAAUUUCCCUUGCAAACCAGCCUCAAAUGUGACCUCCGAAGACUUCUUCUUCGAUGGGUUAAUGAACGAGGGCAACACGUCAAACCUCUUUGGUUCAAGGGUCACCCCCGGUAAUGUUCUGACAUUCCCGGCCCUGAAUAUGCUUGGAAUCUCAAUGAACCGGGUCGAUCUUGCCCCUAACGGGUUGAACCCGCCCCAUUCCCACCCACGAGCGAGCGAGAGCGGGGUGGUGAUUAAGGGACGAGUCCUAGUCGGGUUCGUGACCACGGGGAACGUGUUCUACUCUAAGGUGUUGGGUCCCGGGCAGAUGUUUGUGAUCCCUAGAGGGUUGGUUCAUUUUCAGAAGAAUGUGGGGGGGAAAAAGGCGGUAAUUUUAACAGCAUUCAACAGCCAGAAUGCAGGGGCAGUGGUUUUAUCCACAACUCUGUUUGGUACAAACCCUUCGAUUCCGGAUCAUGUUUUGACCCAAACUUUUCAAGUGGAUUCAAGCGUUAUCAAUGGAAUACAAUCCAAUUUCGGAUCUUAAAUUUACUACGAAGACCAUGUCAUAAAAAUACUUCUACAUGUUAUUAUGAAGAUUCCCUUUAUUCUUUUUAUAAUAUUUUGUGAAUAAGGAAAGAAGCUUUAUGCAUUUUGUAGUUAUGACUUUAUUCAAUAAUAAUGCAGUUUCUGAGUUA